UCAUAGGCCGGUAGGCCUAGGCCUAUGUCUCAUCGCUCAUCUGCGUGCCCACUGUGUAAAUGUGUUACAUGCUUGUGUGCGUGUGGGAAUUAUUAACUAUUUCAGUUUUUAAAUAAGACUUUUUCAAUGAGACCUGUCAACUGGUCCCUUGAAAUAAAACAUAUUUUCUACGUUUUUGCUAGGCAAGCGGAACUAGUAGACCCUCUCUUAUGAACGUCUGGCCGGAAAUGACUCAUGGGGGAGGCUUGACCAAGUUUACGUCCGUGGAAAUAAGAGAAUUUCUCAAUUGAAAAGUUAUACAUUGUGCAGUUUGAAAGACUGAAAAGGCGAAUAUACAUCCACAAAGUUAGAUAAUAGCGCAUUUCCAACUGUUUGGUAACGGUCAAGGAAAUGUGUUCCAGUCAUUCCUGAUAGCUAGGCUACCACUGUAAAGUUCAGGCUCUGGAGAUAAGUUUGAAAUGUGCAGCUAUGGUGCGAAGGAGAUUAUUGUCGUAGCAUAUAGAAACACCUUUCUGCAUUUUCGAACUUGCUAGAUUGGGUCGAAGUGAAGACUUGUUACGAAACCCUGUAUGCCGACUGAUACAUUCCAGAAAGGUGGAGCGCACGACGCAAAACAUGAUGACCGACACACACCCGAAUACGGGGACUUCAUCAGAAGAUGGCCUAACAAAGAACCAAGUGGGAGGCUAUGAAAUCUCCAUUCCAUUUGAGGACAACAACGUGGACACGACAAGUUAUUUGAAUCAAAAUGAACGACCAUUUGAAGAUCAUCCAACCUCUGGACCACCGGUCAUGUGUGACUCCUACCUGCUGAUCUCAAACCUCCGCAUGCAUCUUCAGAUCUCCUUGGAGAAAAACUCGUGGCUGCAGAAACGCAUCGAGGACCUGGAGGAGGAGAGGGACUUCCUACGAUGCCAGCUGGACCGCGUCAUCAGCAUCACCAAGAGCCUUGAGUUUACCAACGACCGGCAAGGAGACACUCCACAGCCUAGCCCCCAGAAGACCCCGGCGCGCCGGCCGGCGACUCCGUUCCCAGCUCCCAUGACCACCCGCUCAGCUGUAUCCCGUCAGCAGCAGCAGACAAGCCUCAAGCGACCCAGCACUGCUCAGGCUGAGGAGGACUAUGAGGAUGUUGUGGAGGAAUACCUGGAGGAAGAUGGUUACCUGGAGGAGGAGGAAUACACAGUGUCUAGUGAGGAGGGCGGCAAAAGGUCUAAGAAGGGAAAAUCUGGAGGCCGGGCCAACCCAGCGUCAGUCCCGCACGUCAAGAGGACUCGUGUGUUCCGAAUCAAGAGAGCCAUGGAGAGGCAGCGAGUGAAAGACCCAGCAGGCGUUCUUAUCCGCUACAAAAAGAUUCUGGUGACUUAUCAGAAACUGAAGAGCAUGGCCAAGGCCUUCCAGGUGCACGGUGUGGACCGCAACACCGUGGCGUCCACUACGCCCAUCGCGGAGCUCCUCCUGGUCGCUCCCGAGAAGGUGCCCGAGGUGGGCGAGUUUGACCCGUCCAAAGAGAAGCUCCUCGACUACGCGCGGCGAUGCUACAAGGCACUGGACGAGGCCUCGCAGGCCAAGGUGCAGGCCCUGAAGAAAAACAACCUCCUUCUGCCCAUCUCCUACCGCUUCCGAAACUGAAGAAGCUGAAGUGGUACUCUCUCUAAAGGAGGACUCCUGAUCGUUUCGUAAAGUGACAGGCAGUUGGUGAUUUGAAUUUGGGAGAAACCGGUUCCAUUAAGCAAAACUCGAAGAGGGCUGUUGUCUCAAUUACAUAUUUUCUCUACCUCAGCUCUUGCGCAAAAGUGAGGUGCCGAAUUAAGUGAAAGAAAUGGACGUGGUCAAACGUCAGGAAUGUUCCCGGGAGUUCCUGAGACUGCAGAGGUUCAGCUUCCUCCUCCAAACUUCAGAGUUCGGGUGAAAAAGAGAAGUUUGUACAAACCUCACAGGACUGAUUGUAGCAAAGUCUGAGAGGCUAUGUGCAUAGAAUCAGUUAAACAUAUUUAAAGCGAAUGAUGUAGUAGGUCACUGUAUCCCAAAGCCUUCUUUGUCCUUCAUACGUUUCUUUUCCCCUUUUAGAUCUUUAUUUUACACAAUAAGUGUAUGAGACACAGACUGCAUUUAUCCCACUUUCACAACCAGCAUUGGACCCUUUUUGUAUCUUUUUUUAGUACACCAUAGAUUUGUCAUUUCUUCCCGAGUAUUGUUUACCCUCCCAGACAUGUGCCUCCACUAGGUGUCUUAUCUUCUGCCCCUGGUUUGAUCAUGGACCAAGAUGCCUAGUGAUUUAAAAAAGGACUAAUGUGACUGCUGGUCAAAGAACGGUUAUUUGGGAGUAUUUGUUAAAAUGAAUCUGGAUGGUUCUAUCCAUGAUCUCUCUGUCUAAGUUGUAUUUGUAUACAAUCAGUGCUUUACUUUGCUUUACCAAAUAAUGUUUAAAAAAAACAAACAAACAAGCAAAAACAAACCUGAAGCGUAUUAAGGGAAUUCUGUUUCACUGGAGUUUGCAAUGUAUUUUGAAUAUGUGAAUGGCAGGCAUGCUGUCCUGCAGAAGCCAUGUACACUAUGGGAUGCAAUGCAGAGUCUGUGGAUUACACUCUCUUCCACUUGUACUCCUUGUGUGGAGAUCCCAAGAGUAUCCUGUAACCCAUACAUCUCCUCCAUUUAUGAAUGGGGAAGAAACCGCUUAGAGGUUUGAUAUUUAGUCAGUGAAACCCUCUUUUUUUAUUUCAAGAUGCCCAAAUAUUUAGAUACUCGUUUUGUAUUGAUCUGUCCAGGGAUUUUUUUGUGACAUUUUGACAUGCCCUUGGUAGGUUUUUGAUUUGUGUCAAAACCAAGGUGGAACGACAAAUGUGAGCACAGAUGCUUGCGAUGAUGAUGUAAAUAUGCUGUAUUUCAGAUUGAUUUUUGGCUUCAUGAAGAUGAUCCAAAGCUUUAGCUCCACACUGGCAAUAGUAGACACUCAGGAGGCAUAACAGUAAUGCUAAAUGUUUUUUUUUGGUAUAACUGUCUUUUUGGUAGCAUUAAAUAUACAGGUAGAGUCUUUACAUUUUAUUUUAUUAUCCUUAGGAUAUUGAGUUAAACCUUUCUUCAUGGACAAAUGUUCUGUUCGGCUUCACUGCAAUCUGCUGUAGGAGGAAAAAAACACUAUUCUCUUUAACUGAACCAAAUAGUGUUUGUGUUGCCCUUUUGGUGCUGAUUUCUGUUGGAACUCAGGAUUUCAUCAAUUGAACAUCCUGCUCUUAUUAUGCUAGAAUACCUCACCCAACGUCUUUGGCAGGUAACGAGUUUGGAAUGCCAGUAAUAGUAUAUCACCACAUAGCCUUGUUAUACAUGAUACUCUCAGUGUAUCACAAAGCCUGAGUGGCAGUGUCUAACAGCAUCGUCAAGCAUCGGAAGACUACCAUGUGGUACCUUUUUGUUUUUGUUUUCUAUAUUCAAGGCAUAGAGAUUGCUAGAUUGGCUAGUAUAUUCACGUCUGUUCCUCGUAGGACACUGCUGAUAUACCUUCUGGUAACCUUUUGCCUUCUCUUACCCAUCGUAACAAUGUGCUCCAGAAACUGGAGAGAGCCAUUUGCUCAGCAGGAACAUCAUCCAUCAUCCAACGGUGACUGAGGAGAAUUAUGUUAGUUGUGGUCAUGCUCUUCACAUGUGUAAAUAAAGCUCUCCGAUCUCUCUACUA